GCUAUACCGUGGGAUGUUAAAUGAUCAAUAGUUGUCACGCUGGACCAAAGAACGGAAUCAAGAAACUACGUGUCAUCUAAUAACAUCAUGAAAACAAAAACACAUACGUGCGUACCAGGUACUGGCGGUAAUUUCAUAAUUCCAUCUGUGUAGAACUUCUGUGGUUUAUCAGCAAAAAACUUUUUCAAGUGAUUUUCGGCAGCUCGGCCAAUGUUUUUCCAUCAAGAGAGUUCUGCAAAGAUUGAAACAAAUGGUAGUCAGACGGUGCAAGAUCUACCUGGAGAAUCAAUCGAAGAGAUUGCUGAAUCUGUAGAUGAGUUGCGGGAGAAGCUUGCUAAUAUGAAAAAGCUCAUGAAAGAGCGAAGAGGUACGACACUGGGAGAGAUCAGUGCCCGGAAAAGAAAAGAAUCCUCCAACAUAAUAGACGAUAAUCUUUUAUCCUGGAUUUUUGGAUUGGCUCUCGCAGGGAUUCUGAUUGUUAGCGGCUACGCUUUCUACAACCUUUAUCAUGCAGUGCUGAAGAAAUUCCCAUCCCAUCAUACGGAAUUAUAAAGAGAAUGCGUGAGAGCGAGAAGGUGUGAUGAUAAAAAUUUUCGUAAAUUUUCUAUGGCAUUAGAAAAUCAGCCUUAACAUCUUAACAAACGAAAUCACAAUACCGCCAGAUGUUCUUUUUUCUAUAAACUGUUUGACUAAUUUAUUUUCGAUUUUUCUUUUAAAAAUACGAUAAUAUAAUAUCAAAGUAAUUAAUGAUUAAAAAUAAAAAAUUUCUGGCACGUAUUAGAUUUGAAAGAGAAAAUAAAAAUGAUAAAAAUUCUGUAACUUACCUUAUAUGACUAUCUUAUUUAAUUAAUAAAAUUGUAAUCUAAAAUUUCGAUUGCCAAGAUAUUGUUCAAAUUGUUAAGGAUUGAAAAUCUACGUAAAAUUUCUUUAAUGAUUUUUAAAAGUUCGAGUUGAGUUAAUUAAAAAAAUGAUUAAAAGUUUCGUACAAAAAUCAAACAAGUACAUUUCUUUUAAUCUAAAUUAUCAAAUCAUUCUGUGUCAAUAGCGUCACAUCGUGAAUAAUUUUCUUUUUGCAAGAAUCAAACAGAAAAUUGCAAGUA